CUUUCAUCCAAAAUGAAAGGGACAGCUUCCCAUUGUGGAUUCCUUUUCAAGAAACGUUUAGAAACAAUUCACAGAAGAUUGAAAUAUUCUGCAGGACUAGUCUUCAACACGUUUGACCUCUUGAAUCAAUUUGAAGAUUUCCUCCUUGACCCCUUUCUUCUCUUCCUUUGCUUCCGUCGCUUCUUCUGCACAGAAUUGGUUGGACCUCUUUUUCCACGGACAUUUCUUUUCCCUUAAACUUUUAUUAAUAAGUUUUCGUAUUAGUUAAGGUUUUGUGUCUUCUUAGAAUUCAAGCCAGCUUUAAUAUUAUAUCCAACUUUUCAAUUACAUUAAGAAUGUCAUGAUAUUUAUUAAUUUUGCUGAAAGCGAUUCAUAUUUUUCAUAUUAUAUAUAUUUCAUAUUUCAUUUCUAGGGUUGCCAUUCAACGAAGUUGAUUUGCAAGGGGCCCUAGCCUAAAAAAAUAACAAUUACAAUUCAUAAUAUUUUGAAAACCAUAAAUAGAAAACCCUAUUUAUAGCAGUAUACAUAUUUACAUAAAAUAAUAUACAAGAGUUUUAAUAGAAAUAAAAACAAAUGUCCACUAAAUAGAAUGUUUAAAACUACUCGGUGUUGAUGCCUGCUUAGACUCAGCUGAGAGGCUAUUCCACAGUUUUGCACCUCUAUAAGAAAAACAUUUUUGCCCAUUUGCUGUGUUUUUCCCGGGCAGUCUCAGGUCUGUUUUAGUAUCACGGAGGCUGAGGGAAGCUCGCUGUGAGUUACGGGUGAAAAGGCUAUAGAGGUAUUCCGUAAACCAUUGUUUUUGUUUCACAGUUUACAAGUCCUUGUUUUUGUAGCGUAUUUAAAGCAUUUUAUGGACAGCAGAUUAUUACUCUUUAAUAAUCAGAUUUACUUAAAAUGAACUUAGUAGCAAUGAAUAAGGUGACAAAAUCCAUGAUAAUUCGAUCAGUUUUUAUCCGAAAAGAAAUGAAUAAUGCAUCGCCAUCGGAAAAUCAUAGAAGAGAAGAUUAUGAUCAUUCUGAAAAAUGUGUGGAAAAUCAUUGCAAAAUGUAUAAGUUCGAUUUGUAGCCUAAGCAGUCUUUCUAAAGUAUUAAGUAACUGUUCAAACGGGCAAAAAGAUGACCAAGAAACAGAUGUUUUGGGAUUGAUAACCCAAUUAAACUGCAUUUCAACGCUUCAAGCCGUUAUGCAGCUUAUUUUCAUUGCAAAAGUUCUUGAAAUAUCCAACAGAAAUAUCCAACAAUUCGAGACAAUUAUUGGGAAUAUUUAUGUUUACUUCUUUCCUCCUGUCACAUGAAAGCAGAACCAAAAGCACGAAAUCUUUCAGAGGGGGUGGGCGGAAAAAGCGAGGUUGCUGCUAAUUUCCAUUAUAGGAUCCUUAAGAAACUAUCGAGGGCUAGAGGCUCACUGCUUCCGAAAAUCCAGAUUGAAAAUGCACCAAUGGCAAGUUCAGAUUACUUUCAUCCCCUUAAGGUGAAAAGGCCGAAUGCCAUGCAUGGACUGACAAAAUCAUUGUUACAACUUUACAUAGUGAAAGUAGCCUCUGCUUUGGGAACAUCGUGGGUUCAUGUAUUAUGUGGAGGAGAAUGUAAGAUCAACAGCCACAACAUUAGUAAUGGCGGCCAGUCGAUCCUCUUGUCUUCUGUAAUUGAAGUUUGUUUCGCUCUGUUUCUGCUGGAACUUUCAUACAAGGAGUCGAUCAAUCAGUUGUUUGCACAAGCUAGAAAAUUAGCCUUUAGUUAUUACAAGAGGGAUGAGCGUUGAUAAUGAGCUCGCAUGGUAGUUCGAGUAAGGAAGAUAAACAACAUGGUGAAAAUGACGGUGGCGGAAAAUUGGAAGCUUGUAAACGAAAAAGAAAUCAAAUCAGUAUUUUAGAGUAUUUUUCAAAAAGGAAAAAGGCAAAGAAAGAGGAAGAAAUUAAAGAUAUUGAAGCAGACGCUAUGAACGCUAGGGAGGAAACAUCUGACGCGAAGGAACGAAGAGAAUUAGCUGCAAGCGCUGCAGAGCGUAGACUCGGUCGGAAGAAGAAAGAAGAGCACUCUUUAGAAUCAAGUGGUGAUGAGCAAGGAACCAGCUCGUCAUUAGAUGUCGAUUUAUCACAGAGUCUUUUUGGAGGGUCUCCGAGAAGUGAGCUAUACUCAGAUGUUGAUCUUGACAAUAAUGCCGUUCCUGUGUCUUUUAACAACCUCCUUCAAUGUGGUGAAGUUUUACCGAAGUUGCAGCCGCUUCCUGAUCAUAGAAUUCUUGUCAGGCCCCAUAUACAAGCAACAGAAGCUCCCCAGCCAUACCCUGAUAGAUACAGAGACAUUUGGGAUAGAGAUCACGUAAAAAUGCCUUGUUCGAGAGAAAGUCUUUAUCCAACGAAAGAUAAAACUCUCCGUAAACGCUGGGACCUCAUUAAGGAAACCCUGGCAAAGCCAAUCAGGAGUUCGAGAGACUUCGAGGAUGCUGUUUUAAAGUAUAAUGUUCAUUAUAAAGAUAAAUGGAAUUUCGAGGGAUGGCACUCUUUUUGCAACCAUUACCUACCAACGAGAGAAAAGAAUCUGCUGUUUGAUCGUAUUAUUCCUGAGAUGGCUGUCUUAGCAUUGAAGAUGCCAUCACUCUGCACACAGCCGCCUCCACUGCUAAAAAGACAAAAGUACCAAAGUAUAACGCUUUCUCAGCAACAGGCAGCCUGUCUUUUGGCAAAUGCAUUCUUUUGUACAUUUCCUCGUCGAAAUGCACACAAGAACUCCGAGUAUUCGACCUUUCCUGAUAUAAAUUUUAAUAGGUUGUUCAGAGGUUCCAAAGACGUUGUGAAUAAAACGAAGUCCGAAAAACUAAAGACCCUGCUUAAUUAUUUCAGAAGGGUGACAAGUGAUAUACCCGUAGGAACAUUGACGUACACCAGAAAGGUUUUGGAGAAAGAUUCAUUCAUAGAGUGGGAGAGGUGUGAUAAAAGUUUCAAAAACCUUUUUGCAACUUCCAAGGGUACGAUUGAGGAUGAUGGCAAUGGGUUUUUACAGGUUGAUUUUGCAAACAGACUUGUUGGUGGAGGCGUUAUAGGCGAGGGUUGUGUGCAAGAGGAAAUACGUUUUUUGAUUUGCCCAGAGCUGAUUCUCUCCCGACUGUUUGUUGAAAGACUUGAUCCAAACGAAACCUUGCUCGUGAGAGGUGCUGAACGCUUUAGCGAUUACACUGGGUAUGCACAGACGUACACAUUCCGGAAUGACUACAUCGACCUCACGCCGCGAGACAGAUGGGGGCGCCUUUACACCGAAGUCGUUGCAAUGGAUGCACAUGUCUUUCAUACUUACUCGCAGCAAUUCGCUCAGUCAAUGCUAAAGAGAGAGUUGAACAAAGCACAUUGCGCUUUUCAGAGUAUUGAUAAUUUGGAUUUUCUCCCAGCUGUUGCAACUGGCAACUGGGGCUGUGGAGCCUUUGGAGGGGAUGCAAGAUUAAAAGCAUUAAUUCAAUUGAUAGCAGCAGCUGUAUCAUCCAGAGAUCUCAUAUAUUUCACGUUUGGUGACACCAAACUCUGCGAGGAUUUGAGGGGUUUUCAUUCGCUGUUGUUGGAGCAUAGAGUGUUUGUUUCGAACUUAUGGAGA